AUGAAUGAAGCCUUUAAGUCUAUGCCAGCUGUGUUAGAUUAUGUGAAAUCUACUUGGUUGGAUCCAUAUAGUGAUAGAUUUGUCAAUGCUUUUACAAUGAACAUCCUACAUUUGGGCACAAGAACGACCAACAGGGCCGUUUCUCAAUGGAUUUAUGAGGAUGAGGAACGAUGGCCAACUGUUCGGGAAGAGUUAGCUAUGGAGAUUAAGACUAGGCUAAACAUUUACAGUGAUAUUCUAGGAGGUCACGAUAAUGUUAGAUCAACUUUGAUCUCCCUUCAACACUAUGUCGGAUCCGCUACUAAAGAUUACUGGAUGUCAUUACUUGACAUGGGUUUUGUGAUCUCCACCAGAUAUAAUGUGGUAGUUGUUUGUUGGUCUCUUGAUCAACCAAUUACUUUUUUGCUAAUAAUUGCUCGUGAGGGGAACCACGCACCUGAUCGAGUCAUCACAUUAGGAUUUUUGCAGCGGAUGGAGCAUUACGUUGUGGUUGAAAUGAAAGAAGGUUUUCCUAUGCCGCCGAUUUACCCAUAUUGGCGUCAUCAUCAUGAUCCUAGUGUUGCAGGUUGGUCAAUACCUUAUCAUUCAAGAUUUGAAAGAUGGAAAGUCAUUGCGGGUGUGCGAGAUCGACAAGAUAAUGUAGACCCUUUUGAGCUUGAUCCUUGA